AUGUCGGAUACGACUCCGCUCCGCUCCGAGCCGCCACGCCGGACGGACUUGGUUCGCCCCGGACUGCCUGCCAAUGCGAUGCCCCCGGACAAGGAAUCUGCGAAUGCCGAUGUCUCACCAGCACUGGCUUGGGCCUCCGGGCCUAUCUCGUACGAGGAAAAUCAGAUGAUAAAGGGCUGA